AUGAUUGAUUGUUUCAAAAUAGUAUGCUUGUUGUUUGUAUCAUUUAACUGUUGUCAUGCAUCCUUAUUUGGUAUUGGAUCUUCUGACGAUGCCAGCUUCCAAUCUUAUGAACAACUUCAAAAAAUACUGGAGGAAGGGAACAAACGAUCACAGGAAAUAGAAAAGUUCACUAAAGAACACACUAUUCGACAUAACCAGCGUACGGCUGCCAUUGCUUCGGCUUCAAAUGUAAUGACACCCAUAAUGAGCAGUACAGGAUUUACUGACGCACAAAAUUCCGAUACUGCUUUUUUAAAUCAAAAAAUUCAAAUUGAUCCUGCCAAUGAGGCACUGCUUCCCACUCUGUUACCAUCCAUUGAGUCAUCUGGUCUAUUGACAACAGUGACACCAAAGCCAAAAAUAGUAGCAAGUGUAGCGUCGACUUCGCAGGAGAAUGAGGAGUUUCUAGACAAAAUGAGAGUUCAGUCACAGAUAGUUCAUAAUGCGAUGAUGUCAAACGGACCAUCCUUCCUGCCUCAGCAGGGACAAGUUCUCAUACUUCGAGAUGCCAGUUCAUUAGUUCCUGGUGCAAUGGUUCCUCCGCCACCACCUCCAGAAUUGGCGAUGAAUCCAUUAUUCAUUGCUCAAGCCUUACCUCCACCUUAUUCAGGCUUACCACCCUUUCUGGAACCACAACGCACACGAAUAGCUGCUCGUCCAGGACGUUUCGAUGAUGAACUUCGACCUCGACCACAACUUCCAUCACGUGAAUCACGAGAACUACUUUGA